GUGACGGCCAAGAGGAAUGGGGUUACCUACUACCCUUCCGUGUUCUUCUACAAUAAUAAGAGAGACGGCAAAGUGCUCUAUCAAGGGAGACAGGACGUGGCUUCCCUCUACGCGGCAAUAGAUGAAGAACUCAAGUACGAAAUGCCCAGACUCAUUUCUGUGCAGAGCAAUGACUACACACAGCUGGUGUUCGAUAGAAAUGCUGAUGUGAUUUUGCUGUUUUUACAACAGGGGUGCCGAGGUUGUCUCAAAGCCGAAAAAGACAUGAUUGACCUCAUGAAGGAAUACCAGGAGCAAUUCGGUGAACAUCGGAUCCGAUUCCUCAAAAACGACGCCUCAGUUUCCAAAGUCCUGGCGAGGAUCUACGAUGUGUUAGACUACCCCUCAGUUUGGCUAUUCCCUCGCAUGUACAAAGAAGGAAUAGCUCAUAAAGGAAUAUUCAACAAGACUUAUAUGAGUCAGUUGAUGGACUUUCAGUUUCUAUACACCGAUAACUGGGAUUCGGAUACCUUUGGAAUGAUGGGGAGAAAUAGCGAAAUCGAGAAAAUCUUAGCCCCCCAGUUAGAUUUUCUCCGAAAAGGCGACAUAAUGCCUUCUGAAAUAGAAGUUUUGAACAAUAAAGUGCGCGCUGUGUCAUCGCCGAACCUUAGAAGAAAUUACAUGAACGCUCUAGAAGCUUUUCUACCCGAUAGAGAGGGUUUGAAAUCAAUUGAAAGACGCCAAACUGUUGUUGAAGAGCGAAUCGCGAGUAGCUUUGAGAAGAAAAAACACGACUACGAAGCAAAUCAAAAAUUAAUUAACGAGUGGAAUGUCUUGCAGUUUUUCAAGGAUUACCAACACGAUAUUCCAGAACUGCGGAAAACGAUUAAAGCGUCUAAAAAGGUGGAGUUAUAAACAACUUUUGCUAACUAAUGUACCAUUUAACAACUACUUUAAUAACAAAAGUGUGAAAUUACUUUAUUCAUUAUGUAUCUGAUCCGAGAUUUAUAUGUGUAAUUAUUGUUCUGGAUUCAAAAAUGCUACUAAAAAUUUCUCAUUUCCGUGUAAUUGAAGUUUAAAAUGACUCAUGCGUGAGUGAACAGAUCAAACACAAGAGCUGAGGUGGUUCAGCUCGGUAGGACUAACAUUGUACCUAAAAAACUUUAAAUGAUUAUCUCAAUAUUUAAAUUCUUCAAUAAUUUACUAUGUAUUCCGAGCCAUAUUGUAUAAUAACGCAAAGCUUACGAAAAAUGUCGAAUAACCUUCAAGAAAACAACGCAAAAAUGACCUUGUAUCGAGAAAUUGAAGAUACAGAAAGAAACCAAGAUUGAAACACUACGAGGCCAACCUAUGCACUGAAAACGCGCAACGUUUGUUUUGUGUACGUAAUUGGAAAGCAGAGACAAGUGCUUAAAUAUCUUCCAAAUUGUAAGUGGAUUCCACUUAUAAAAUUUUCUUGGGUUCUGCUCACAAAUACUUUUAACGUACACUUUGUCGGCACUUUGAUUGCUUCGCGGAUUCUGUAACGAGCGAAUAUAGCUAGUUGUUUUAGCAAACGUGGGCUAAUGUCACAAAUGCAAGCGGAUUCAGCAACAUUGUAAUUAUAAUGUCAUGAUGUCAAUAAAUUCUGUAAAUUGCAAGCGGAUUUGGCAAAUGUAAGCGG